AUGUCUCUUAAGGACCCUCAUCUUUGUGAUGCUCUUAAAGUACAAGUCCAAAUUACAGGAGCUUCUCAAGUGCAGGAUACAUUUGCUGCCACACUUCACUACCAACUGGCUUAUAGACUUCAGAAUCAUGCUUUUAACAUGGCGGUUCCAGACAUAGCCCAAUCCAAUGAUGCAUUGCUGAUUCAAGUUGAUCCGGAAAUGACACCCAUGUGCACUUUUGUCCCAAGACAACUCAGCAAAGAUCAGGUGACUUCUCUUUUUCCAGAAUCAUGGAUUACGAAAUAUGAGAUGCUCCAUCAAGCAACCAAACCGAUUCAGUCAAAAGAUCCUCUCUUUAUCAAAAAAGCAAAUGGUGAAGUAGAGACAAAAUUAUUGACAGAAUCAUCACAGAAGAAGGAUGUAACAGUCUUUCCAACUCAAAUUGCUAUGCUUCAACCAGUAUCCUAUGUUGGAGAAGAUGGUCUUCAAAUCAAAGCAUUCCAAGAGGAUGGAAAGCCUUGUUAUGAAGGGAAAUCACCCUCUGGUCACAUAUGGUGGGACAUUUGUGAUUGUGUUGAUUGCCAGGAGGAAGAAGUUUUUGAAGAGGAUUAUCCUAGGGGAAAGAAAAGAUCUUCCCAGCAAAAGCUCAAAGAAAGAUAUGAAGCUGGAGAUCCAGAAGUUGACCUUCUGGGAGAACCCUCUGGGAAGUUUGAUUAUUAUGUUCUUUAUCCCAAAACCAAAAGGCAAACCUCUCCCUCUCCCCCUUCAUAUUUGAAGAAGAAAAUCAAGGCAGUUGAACAGGAAUUGGCAAUCAUUGCUUCUACAGUCAAGGACUUGUUUGUCUCCUUUCCUCUUAUUGGACAAAAAGAAAAAGAGAAAAAGCAGUUGCUGCUACAACUCUAA